AUGGGAGAGCGUGAGGUCGAUUUACCUCAACUAUUCAACGACGUCUCGCGCACCAUCAGCGGCAUAUCGAACAUUAUGGGAGCCGUUCCGAGUAAAGAUCCGUCUAACCCUUCAGCACAACACGGCGACAAAUCCUCAGUGGUCAGUAAUCUGUUCGGAAACACGUGCUUCAAAACAUGCGGGAUGGAAGAUAUACAGUAUGCUGCAAGGUCAGCAGGCGACAUGCUAAUUUCAUUGCGGAUCUGCGUUGUGGCUACAACAGUAGUCCUUCUGCUAUGUAUGAUUACUCUUACUGGUGCGGUUCUAUUUGUAAUUUGGAGGAAGGUUGGUUAG